ACCAUUGUGAGUGGCUGACCCAGCUCUAAACAAAGUUUUUAAGAAAAUUGUAUUGCGAUGCAUUUAGCUAGAUUUGGACUGUAGCAGCUUCCCCGAACGACAGAGAGCCAACGCAGAUCCCCCGGAGCCGCAGCCACAUGGAUACCAAGUCCAAUGAUGACUCGGCUGGCAGUGACUCGCUGGAUAAAUCUAUGCAAAUCAAGUGUGUGAUGGUGGAGACGACGGGAGACUCCAAUGUGGACACAAUUGCCUCACCAGAGGAGUUGGACAACUGCAGCCGGGACUCCGCUGCUGAAUCAAUGGAUAAGGGGGCGCGAACGGGAACGGGUACAGGCGACGAGGCGGGUGCCGGGAAUCAGGCGAAUCAAAAGACUGAAGCUGCGGCGGGGACGCAGGGCAAGGGCGACAGUCCGCCGAGCAGCCAAUCCCCACCAGAACAUCCGGCCAGCAACUCGCCCACCUCCUCCUGCACUGCCUUCGAGACGAAAGUCAAGCUAAUCUCACAGAACCUCAAGGAGACCACACUGGCAGAGAGCUCCGGGGCAUCAGUAUCGGCAUCCACGUCCGUUUCCAGCAACAGCAGCCUGCUGGAGCCACAGACCCCAAACAAUUCCACCACAGACACAGAAUCCGCAGCGUCCAAUCUCCGUGUGAAAAAGGUGCGCUUCCAUCCGGACGUCAAGGAAAAUGAUGGCGGAAACUGGGUGAAGAAGAAGCGACGCUCCUCGCACUCAAAACGGGCAUCAUCGCCCAGCGGCGCCAACUGUGAUGCUGAUGGCAUGGAGCUGGACGGCGAGGCCGAGGAGUACGAGGACAACGAGGACGAGGAGGAGGAGCCGGAGGAGGAGUUCGACCUGGCCAAGACUAUCGCCGAGGCGGAGGAUUACCUCAAGCAGCACCCAUUGACGUUUGUGCAACGCGUGGAGCAGAAUGGCGAGCGGCUCCAGGACGGACUGCUUAGCAUCGAGGACAUGCUGAACGAGGUUGGCGAGGAGGUGGUCACGGAGUUCAACGACGAGGACUUCUUCAGACGCAUCAAGCCGGAGAACGGCAUUGAACGAAUUCUGGGCAAGGAAACAAAGGCGGGCAAGGUUGAAUUUCUUUUGCGGUACGAGAACCAAGGUCUUUUUUGGGAAUCGGAGGAGUUCAUUAAGCGCACGUGCCCCUCGCUGCUCAAGGCCUACGAAAAGAAUCGCGAACGACGUCAACAGCGUUUGAUGCAUCACGUUGCCAAACGCCAGAGUCUGCGACAGCGAUACACGGAUUUCUAGUAGCAGCUAUUUAGGUAUUAGGUUCUUAAUUAGGUUCCAUAUAAUUGUAACAUUUUUGUAAAAUGAAGUAAAUGAUUUUCUUUUGUUGAACAAAAAUAAUUCAAA